CAUGUGGUGUGCCACCCUGAGCAGAAAGCCACAUUGUCUACUGCAGCGCCACAAGGUGUUCAAAACUUGAGAUCUAAUCCAACUGGUUUAACUAGUGAUAGCAAAUAUGUUUUAUAACAUAAAAUCUACUUAAAAUACUCAAGUUUCAGGGAGCAACAAUAACGAAAUCUUGAAAAGCAGGGAGUGAACGUCUUGACUUCGAGGCAGUGUAGCCUGGGAAGAUGGGUUAUUGCUGCAAUGGUUUCGCCGUAAAAACAGUAGUGCAGCUUCAGUUUCUUCAUGGGAGGAGCGGUUGUUACUUCCCCUCUUCCAGUCCCCCUCCUCCGAACCCCCCCUCUGCACUAUGUCUACUUUUUUUUUUUAACAUCCCUGCUUACGUUUGCCUGGCAUCGCUUAAUUUCCGCAUUCCCAAAUCCUCCCAGAUUGGGAUCACGUUUAAAGUCGGGCUGAUGCAACGAUUUCCACUUUUUAAAAUCUACUCCCGACCCUCGGCCGACCAGAAGAGAGGACAUUUGUUGCACCUGGGAUCAAAGUCAGCUGUGGUCAAGGCCGAGCCUGACGCAAUGCCGGGACAAAUCCCAGAUCCCUCUGUGACAGCGGGCUCCCUGCCCAGCCUGGGCCCGCUGGCUGGGAUCUCCGCCACCACGCUGACGGACAAGCUGAGGUUUGGCGAUCUCCACGACAUCGGAACAAUGUUGUCACCCCUGCUUUUCCUGGACACUCUGGGAAAGAGGCCUGUAGUCAUCAAAACUGAGAGAGAUGAAGAGGAAGAAAGGAGGAAACGAAGGCGAGAGAAAAACAAAGUGGCUGCAGCUCGAUGUCGAAACAAAAAGAAAGAGAGAACAGACUAUCUACAAAAGGAGUCAGAGCGAUUAGAGAUGCUAAACUCUGACCUUAAAGCCCAGAUUGAGGAGCUGAAACUGGAGCGCCAGCAGCUCAUCCUCAUGCUCAACCGGCACCGCCCCACAUGCAUCGUCAGGACAGACAGCGUCAAAACCCCAGAGAGCGAGGCGAACCCCCUGCUGCAGCAGCUGGAGGCCAAGUGAACAAACAGGGACUUUCCUGUCGUUUACAUUCGAGGAGAAGCAGCCAACUAACAGCACUUCUGUUCAGGCGCUGCCUCUGACACGCAGAGCGAUGCUCCGCAAAGAGCAGAUCCAGUGGGACGGAUUCAGCAGAUCGGUCUCCUCAUUUCCCUUUUCAUUUAAAAAAAACAAAACAAAACACUUCUGCAUCAGCCAGGUCUUUAUGACAUAUAGCAAAGAAAAUGGAAUGCAGCUCUUGAGGAAAGUUACCUGUUAUGCAAUUAGUUGGCUGUUUUACAAUAGCUUUA